CCCCGGGAAGCCAGGCAGAGCGGUGCCCCGAGGCUGACUCUGCUUGGGGCUGGAGAUCCCUGGCAGCUGGAGCGGGUGCACUCUGCCUCUGCUGAUAGACCUUGGAUCCACCAGGCAUCCUCCUCCUCUGCACAGCCUAUGACCAAGACUCGAAGUGGGCAGUGUUAACCAAGUGUGCUGGAGAGACGGCAGGGUUAUCAAGCAGAAGAAAAGAUGCUACUCUUAUUUUGUCCUAGUUCAGUUCUGAUUUGAGCCCCGCACGGAUGAUGCUGUGAGCUGGGUCCCUGAGCAGAGCCUGUGAACAAGUUGCACCUUUCCAGGGCCAUCAGCUGAGAUACAAUGGAAGAGGCUUACAAAGAUAGGACUUCACUGAUGAAGGGUGCCAAAGACAUUGCCAGAGAGGUGAAGAAACAGACAGUAAAGAAGGUGAACCAAGCAGUGGACCGGGCCCAGGACGAAUACACCCAGAGGUCCUACAGUCGGUUCCAAGACGAGGAGGAGGAUGAUGACUAUUACCCACCAGGAGAAACCUACGAUGGGGAAGCCAACGAGGAUGAAGGCUCCAGCGAAGCGACUGAGGGCCAUGAUGAGGAAGAUGAGAUCUAUGAAGGGGAAUACCAGGGCAUCCCCAGCAUGAGUCAGGGGAAAGACGGCAUAGUGUCGGCGGGGCAGCCCAAGGGCGAUGAGUACAAGGACCGCCGGGAGCUGGAGUCCGAGCGGAGGGCCGACGAGGAAGAGCUGGCCCAGCAGUACGAGCUGAUUAUCCAGGAGUGUGGCCACGGCCGCUUCCAGUGGGCCCUGUUCUUUGUGCUGGGCAUGGCGCUCAUGGCAGACGGCGUGGAGGUGUUCGUGGUGGGCUUUGUGCUACCCAGUGCGGAGACGGACCUGUGCAUUCCCAAUUCAGGAUCCGGAUGGCUAGGCAGCAUAGUGUACCUCGGGAUGAUGGUGGGGGCGUUCUUCUGGGGAGGACUGGCAGACAAAGUGGGAAGGAAACAGUCUCUUCUGAUUUGCAUGUCUGUCAACGGAUUCUUUGCCUUCCUUUCUUCAUUUGUCCAAGGUUAUGGCUUCUUUCUCUUCUGUCGCUUACUUUCUGGAUUCGGGAUCGGGGGAGCCAUUCCCACUGUGUUCUCUUACUUUGCUGAAGUCCUGGCCCGGGAGAAACGGGGUGAGCAUCUCAGCUGGCUCUGCAUGUUCUGGAUGAUCGGCGGCAUCUACGCCUCUGCCAUGGCCUGGGCCAUCAUCCCGCACUACGGGUGGAGCUUCAGCAUGGGCUCGGCCUACCAGUUCCACAGCUGGCGUGUCUUCGUCAUCGUCUGUGCGCUGCCUUGUGUCUCCUCAGUGGUGGCCCUCACUUUCAUGCCCGAGAGCCCACGGUUCUUGCUAGAGGUUGGAAAACACGAUGAAGCUUGGAUGAUCCUGAAGUUAAUUCAUGACACCAACAUGCGUGCACGGGGCCAGCCUGAGAAGGUCUUUACGGUGAACAAAAUCAAAACCCCUAAGCAAAUAGAUGAGUUGAUUGAAAUCGAGAGUGACACGGGAACUUGGUACCAGAGGUGUUUUGUUCGGGUCCGUACCGAACUGUAUGGAAUUUGGUUGACUUUUAAGAGAUGUUUCAACUACCCUGUCAGGGAAAAUACAAUAAAGCUUACGAUCGUUUGGUUCACCCUGUCGUUUGGGUACUAUGGACUAUCAGUGUGGUUUCCUGAUGUCAUUAAACAUCUGCAGUCUGAUGAAUAUGCACUGCUAACUAGAAAUGUGCAAAAAGAUAAAUAUGCAAAUUUCAGUAUUAACUUUACAAUGGAAAAUCAGAUUCAUACUGGAAUGGAGUACGACAAUGGCAGAUUCCUAGGGGUCAAGUUCAAAUCUGUAACAUUCAAAGAUUCAGUGUUUAAAUCCUGCACGUUUGAGGAUGUGACUUCAGUCAACACCUACUUCAAGAACUGCACGUUUAUUGAUACCAUUUUUGACAAUACAGAUUUUGAGCCAUACAAAUUCAUUAACAGUGAAUUUCAGAACUGCUCGUUUUCUCACAACAAGACUGGGUGCCAGAUUACCUUUGAUGACGACUACAGUGCCUACUGGAUCUAUUUCGUCAAUUUCCUGGGGACACUGGCAGUGCUUCCAGGGAACAUUGUGUCCGCUCUGCUUAUGGACAGAAUCGGGCGCUUAACCAUGCUAGGUGGCUCGAUGGUCCUCUCUGGGAUCAGCUGCUUCUUCCUGUGGUUUGGCACCAGCGAAUCCAUGAUGAUCGGCAUGCUGUGUCUGUACAAUGGGCUGACCAUCUCGGCCUGGAACUCUCUCGACGUGGUCACUGUAGAACUGUACCCCACGGACCGGAGGGCCACGGGCUUCGGCUUCCUGAACGCACUCUGUAAGGCGGCAGCAGUGCUGGGCAACCUAAUAUUCGGCUCCCUGGUGAGCAUCACCAAAGCCAUCCCCAUCCUGCUGGCUUCCACUGUGCUGGUGUGCGGAGGACUUGUGGGGCUGCGUCUGCCUGACACACGAACCCAGGUCCUGAUGUGACGGGAACCAAAGCCAUGCUCCGUGCUCUUCCUCCUCCUGCCCUGGGUCGAGUCUCUGGAUGUGCUUAAGGCUUGGGAUUUUUCAUGUCUAGAAAAGUGGUCAAAUAUCAGAACACAACCUGUUGCUGUGACUUAAAAUGUAGACGCGUAUCAUCUUCCCCUUCCAUGUGAUUUUGCACGGGUUUAUUUUUCAUGCAUUGUUAUCUUUCCUGACUGUGACACUGCUGCCUCCCAAAAUAGCAGGGAAAGAACUGCUAAAAUGUCCUAGUUGGCCAGGCCUCCCUGGGAUGCUGCUCAUUGAAAGUUCAGACACUAAGCAAAAGCCUGUUGUUGUAAGAAAUAGAUCCUGCUCCGAAGGCAACAUUAGCAGGAAAUAUACAUUGGCAUAUUAUUACAGUUUUGCUGAAGAGAGGGAUUCUUUUCUCUCUCUUUUCUUUUCUUUUUUUUUCUCAGAGUGCUAUUUCCUGUUUACUUAGAAAAGGACACCCAGCAAUUUUUGCUAUUACAGCAGGGCCUUUCAAAGAAAACCAUGUGGUACACACAGGCUUGGGUGGGGCUCUUUCAAGCAGACAAUUAAGGUAACUGUGCUGACAAGGAAAACAAAGGCUCAAGCAGUUACCAGCAAAAACCAGAGCGAGCAGAAGCAAGUUUUCUGACAGGAAGCCCGAUUAGACGUCUAAAGUCUGAGGUAAAAGCAUCAUAGCGGUGUCGGGGAUUGGGGUGUGUACGUAGUUCACACUGCCUCAGACUCAGUUUGCCUCCAUUUACCCCAUCCUCACCCACGUCCCAGGCUGCCGUGGAUACUUGUCAGGCAGAUUUAGAAAAGGAGAGAAUUGCUUCCUAAAAACCACCUCUGAGCCAGGCAUGGUGGCACAGGUCUGUAAUCCCAGCCCUCUGGGCAGCUGAGGCAGGAGGAUCGUAAGUUAGAGAGCCCAGCCUGGGCAGCUGAGUGACUUUGUUGCCUCAGUGCAAUGACUCUGCGUUCAACUCUCAGUAUCACCAAAAAAUAAAAAUAUCUGCCUUCCUGAUUUUGCUCGUCAGACCAACUUCUGUAAUCUAGAGAAUGUUAGUGAAUAUCUAAAUUGUAAUAAAUUGAAAAUUAGGAAGAAAUUUACACCUAAAACCACUGGAAAUGCCCAAUGGCACCUCUUCCUGUGCCUGUUUUCUAAGACUAAUCUCAUCCAAGCUCCUCUGGUGGAAGUUGGAGUUUGCCUUCCUUCCUGGCAUCAUGGAAGCACAUGCUCCCUCCAAGCUCCACCUGGGCUGGCACUUGGUCCCAGAACAGGCUUGUAUCCAGAGGGGCCUCCAGCAGACUUGGGUAGCAUCUCCUAGCGGCCAUUGGCCUGCUCACUUUACCUCUGGAGUCUCCGUGGGCUGGGAAGCAAGAGGUCACCAGGACACUCCCACGGGCUGGCUGUCAGUUACUCAACCUUCUCUCUCUGGGGCUGACCCUCCCCCAAGUGCAUCCCUUUUACACAUCGUUGAAACCAGAAGCCUCCUUGUAGACUUGCAGCCAGGAAAUCAAUCCCAUAUUUAACAAGAUUCCUUUUUUAACUCUCCAUGUCUUGUUGGAGAGUGAACCUCAUUAGCACUUCUAAGAUCUCACAGGAAGGGGCAGGCUUUUGUUUCCACUCAUCUUCACAUCAAGAGAGGUCCUCACUCCCUGAGCGCACCCCCCACACCUCAGGGUCUUCUCUUCUCUUCUCCUAGGGAUCCUUCUUGAGCUGGCACUGAAAAGUGUCUGUCAUCCACAUAUGUCAUGAAUCAAUGGGGCCAGUAGAGAGGGCAGCCAGAGUGGGGUUGUGGCGGAAAGCAGGUGUCUCCCUGGGGAGGUAUGCAUGUGAUAGGGCCAGAACACCUAGAAAACUCAAACCAAAAUCUGCAGGGGUGGAAGAAAGAAGGAAAAUCAGUAAAGACUGGACAUGAUUUAUUUGAGAGAUAGCAGCAAAGUAGGGUAAGAGACAGAACCCCACCCCACACUUCUGCCUCCUAUUGUAUUAUUGGAGAACGAAAGACUGCAGUCAAGAACCCAAGAAAGUACCCUGUAUGUUUUUCUGUUUCCAUGUGGACUCAUUUCCCCACUUCUCUACCCCUUGGUUCCUCUUCUUUACAAAAAGACCUACUGGGGAGCAAGCAGGGCUUUUAGUUAAAUGAGUCAUGGGCAGAAUAACUUAAAAAGAUGAGUCCAUCCACCGUGCAAAACAAAGGCAGAAAUGUGCAUGGGUGUCACUCUUGCUACUUGUCCAUGAUAGGUAAUUUUGCUUACUAGACUAUCUUUUUGUUUUUAAAAAGUCUUUAUUGUCCAUUGUAGAUUCUAAAUGUAUAAAAUAUCUACCAAGCUGUGGGGUAAAGAUAUUCAGAAUUUUAUCUGAUCACUGGACCUGGCCAGCAGGACCCUAUUUUAUGAGGCCCACCACCCUGUGUCCCUUUCAAAAGGACCAUGCUUGGCCUUCUUAUCAUAUAAACUGAGCCUCCUGGGUGGCCCAAGAGGGAUCUCUUCUAAUCUUCUGGACAGUGUGUGGUCACAAACCUUCUUGGUCACCACCUUUUCCACUUUCCAUACACUUUCCUUUGCCUCUUCGACUCAGUUCAUUCCCUUACUGUCUGUGAGGGCUCCUGUUGCUUCUGAAGGUGUGUGGUAUGGCUUGCUGGGCUUAUUUGUGGUGUAGCUGAGGAUUAGGGUAGAACCAUGAGAUUAAACAGAACUCACAGUUGUAUGAGGAUAAGUGGUCCCUGGCACUUGGACACACAACUACCAUCUCAUUUCAUCUACAGUAGAAGGAAAAUGAAAGUAUAAAGUGAAAGCCCAGCAAACAAUCCCACUUGCUCCUGUAUUUCCAACUCUUUUUCUAACUAAAAUUUCCUCUUAGCUAUUUAGAAAUGAUUUAGAGUCCUGUUACUCCCGAAUCUUGUUACUGUCACUGAAUCUUCUUAGAAUGAAUAACAAACAGCUCCUGUAAAUUAGGAUUCUGCACCACCUUAUCCCCAGCUAUUAGGUCUUCAGGCAUCAACUUGCUCCCAGUCCUGCUGCCUGAUUCAUGACCCGGAGAGAUAAGACCAAUGGGUCCCACACAAGCUCUGCCACUGGGGAGUGGUGAGCCCCAGAUCUUACUUGAGAUUGAAAAAUUUUAGUCCUCAGUUUUUCCAUGGCUAGGGUUGAAGACUGGGCUACUGUGCUUUCCAAGUUCUAGAGGAUUGCGAUGAAAAUAGCUUCUCUUCUCUAUCGUCCACUGAACCAACACUAAGGUGGUACCAUUUACACACUGAAAACUUUUAAAAAUAAGCAAGUAUAUAAGGGGCCAAGAAUUUGCUUGGGAAGGUCUUCUGGAACAGUCCAGAGAGUGAAGCUCUUAUGAUGUUUGUGCUGCCCCCUCCUCGCAGUCCUGAGCUUUAUGUCAAUGCAGAGCAGCUGGAUGGUUACCAUGGCCCAACCAGGGAAGGGUCCCACCCUGGCGGAUGUACCUACAGUUAGAAGACUCUCCAACCACAGCGCUACCACAAAGGCUGAAUCCCACAGCUCCUCCAACUCCAUUGGUUUCUUGAAACGUGGCCUUAAGUAGACCCAGGCCAUCAGAAACAGAGCUUCUCAGUGAUUUGACCUCACUUGGGAAAAGUACCUGCACUUACAAGUCUCACCAAAUCAGAGUUCAGGUCUGCACCUAGAACUCGUUGGUGUUUUUCAGAUUAUCUUAAGGGUUUGAGGAGAGGUGGGAAAAGAAAUGUGGUGGUGGAGGAAAAGUCCAAGACACCAUUGAUAAGAUUUAAGGGACAAGGUGAAGCCACUGCAGAGACAUUCUAAGCCUUGGGAUUGUUCCCAGUACAUCCCAUGGGAAACCAAAGCAGAAUAUGAUACUCUCCCACUUUUUCUGUUUAAUAUCAAAAUGGUCUUUAUCUGUUUCUUCAUAAGACACCUUACUCACUCAUGCGUAGAUGUUUCGUGGAGCCAGGAACAUCUGAUUUUGGCCUUCACCUAGAAUCACAGGAGAAAAACUGCAUGCUCUGUUAUUCAGAGAUACACUGGAUGCAUAUCGAGUUUCCUUUUAAUUCCCAGAUUAUGCCAAACCGAGUCUGACUGCCAUACCUACAGAAACACCAGUCGUGUUGUGA